AUGAGCAAGAUCGGAAGAGUUCAUGAUGAUAUCUAUUAUGAAGUAGCUGGGAUGGACAUUAUGGAUGUAUAUACGGAAUCUCGGGAGGAACCCGCAGUAAAUUCUUUAUUAAAGAAGUUUUAUUACUGUAUGAAAGAUCCGCAAUAUUGUGACUGGAGAUUGCGUGAUGAUGCUCGGGUAGAUAGUGAUGAAUUGAGACAGGACAUUAUACGAAAUAAGUUGGAAUCUAUUCGCAGGUGUGAGCGUAUUUCGCGAUUUAUGGAUGAAAAUGGAAUUAAUAUUAACAGUUUUAAUACGUGGAAUAAGAAAUUUGCUAAGAAAGUUGCGAGAGCCGUAAAUCAAACAUCUAUUCCGGAUUGGGUACGUAAGAAUUCUAAGAAAUGCGAUGAUGUUACUACAGACGAACGGGUUGUCGCUGAUGAAAUUAUUGAGAAUGAUGCUAAGCGUUCGAUGUUAAAGCCCGUUAAAAGGGGGGACGAGGAAAAGAAGCCGAAGAACCCCGAGACUAAAGAUAAUUAA